AUGCGUGUCUCUACUUUCUCCACUGUCCUCGCCGGCCUUGUCGCCUCGACUGCCGCCCAAUCCGAUCUCGAUCCCUCGGUCUGGAAGAAUCUUGAGAGCCUCCCCCAAUCCAAGCGUGUCUUUCCCGACCACCUCAGCAACCGUCCUGUCAAGCGCCAGUCGGGCUGGAACCCGCCUUCGAACCUGAAGACUCCUCUUGAGGAGGUCUGGAAGCACUAUGAGUCUACCUACGGACCUAAGGGCGUUGAUGACAACCAGAACUGGGGUUUCCACCAGAUCAUGGCCAACAAGGGUUUCCUCAACAUCUGUGUCAGAUGGGACUCCAAGAAGACCGUGACUGCUGCCCAGCGAACCAAGAUUGCUAGCAAGUACAACGAGCAGUAUCAGAAGUGGUUCAAGUGGCUCUAUGGCUACAACGGCUUCCCCUACGAAAACGUCAAGGUCAACAUCGUGGGCUGGGCUGUCAAGGACAAGAGCCUGCUACAGGGCUCGACCGACGGCCUUGAUAUCUACACUGGCCUCGAUGCUGAUGGCAUCCCCAUGUGCGAUAUUGGAUGCGCUCGUGACGCUCACCUCGAUGGUGACUACAGCGGCUGCAAGGCUGGGGCUGACCGUCACUUCGACCACUCUCUCUGGCUGACUGACGGUCUCGAGGGCGGUUACGGAUGGUCGUGGGGACAGCAGGUUGGAUCUGAGUACAUGUUGAACAACCUCGACUCUGAUUCUGUCCAUAUUCUGCUGCACGAGAUGGGCCACACCUUUGGAUUAGAUGACUUCUACGACUGGACCCCUACUGGAGUUAGCAACUUUAUCAUGCUUGCCGGUUCCUCUAUGGAAAUCACCGACUUUGACGGUUGGAUGUACCGCAACUGGUGGUACUACCUGUCUCAGAAGAACGGCUGGGCCACUGGAAGCAGCAGCAGCAGCAGCAACUCUGCUUCUCCAGUCUCCAGUGCUACCAAGCCCUCUACCACCAAGGCUUCUUCGACCAAGGCUCCUGCUACCAAGCCUACUACCACCAAGCCUGCUGCUGUCAAGACCACCGCUGCCGCCAAGCCUUCUGCCACUUCUGUUCCCUCUGGCUCUUCUGGCGCUGCGGUUUCUGCGUACGGUCAAUGCGGUGGAAACAGCUGGACUGGUGCUACCAAGUGCGCUUCUGGUCUUAAAUGCAUCAAGCACAACGACUACUACUCCCAGUGUGUUCCCGCUUAA